AUGGUAAUAAUGAUGCGCCACGUGCUGUGUAUCCUCGCUCUCCUGCUCUCAUGUGCGUGUGUGCACGUCCUCGCUGAAGAAGUGCCUGCCGCCGAUCUUUCCGACCAAGUCCCUGAUACGGAGAGUGAGACAAAGAUUCUUCUUCAAGGUACACCUGUCCCCGGUGUUGUUGGUUCUGAACCAAGGGGAGGAAGUCAAGGUGAACCUGGUGGUGCCGGUCGAAAUGGAGAAUUGGGUGCACCUUCUGCUGUUUCUUCUUCUGGACAACAACCAGCAGUAGAAACAGCGUCACAACAAUCACCAGUACUACAACAGCAAGGACAACAAGGUCAUAAUCGUGGGGACACAGAUAAUGGCAGUGUACCAGCAGAAAGUGAAGGCCGAGGGAAUACGCCUACCACAGCAGGUAAUGAAGACUUACAGGAACCACAGAAAACCGCAACAGAAGGACAGGAAACAGAACCAACUGCAGACACAACCUCUUCUGGAGACGGGGGCUCCAACACCACCAACCCACAAACUCAAUCGGAAAAUGCAAUUGAAGGUGGUGACAGCAAUACCAGUAAUCAGACUGCUGCAGCUACAGGUACGACUGGCACAGAAGGUUCACAAGAGAACGUCAAUGCUGAUUCAACCACCACCACCACCACAACAACAACAACACUUCCUCCUGAGACUGCAAACAACAAGAAGGUUGAUGCAGACAGCAGCAGCAGUAUCAGCAAUUCUGUGUGGGUGCGUGUACCACUACUGAUUGUGGUUACACUGUCCUGUAUUCUUGUGUGCUGA